UUACAAAAAAAAACCGCGCAAAUAAGUACGUUGUUGAAACAGUACACAUACACACAAGCACAACGCAAUAUAAAGUGAUGAUUACGCGCGGGCGCAAACGGCGAUUGAGCCCACAAGACGAAGCCGACGAUAACAACGACACUGCAACUAAACGAACACGUGGAAAACGAAAACUUGUCGCGUCGGACACUCCCGUUUUGCGGUCUUCACGCAUAGCCGCGCGAUCAACGCCUUCGGCACUCCAGAUCGACGUUGCUGAUGCUACCCCAACAACAACAAAAACAAAAGCGCGUCGCAAACCUUCUUUGCAAGAAAGCAACGAUGCAGAAGCAAUAGCAGUACCAUCCCCUAUACCAUCAACUGCUAUUGUGAAUGAAAAGACUAAUACAGAACACUUGACGACCAGGAAAAGAAAACGAAAGCAUAAACAGCAAAAUCAUCCGUUGUCCUCGCCUUCUUCUCCUACAUUGCCACCUCCAGCAUCACAAACGAGAACAACAUCCCCGACACCUUCUUCAAAGUCAAUACCUUCACCACAACAACAGCCGCAGACCCCCACACAAUCACAGACACAGACACCACGAGUCAUACUUUCAGUCAAAAAGAACAAGCCAGGAAGACCAGCGAAACGAGUCAAGCGUGGUCGCACAAAGAAACAGCCACAGGAGGUUGUGGGCGCUCUAUUAGACGAAGCAAGCUUUUAUCGGACGUUUGGUCAUAAAUUGACCGAAAGCGAAGCCAACACUGUCCGCGGCGCUCCAUCUGAUAAGGAUAAGGAGGUUUAUCAUAUGGCGAAGAAAAUAGCUGAGUCGAAGGAUAAGCGGAUAUCAAGGUCAUCGUCUCCGUCGCCGCACUCGACUACAACGACAGGCAGUGGUGGUAAUGGCGAAACAGUUCCGGCUCCACCCAAGAUUGACAAGAUACAGUUCGGCAAUUAUUUGAUUGACACGUGGUAUGUGGCGCCAUACCCUGCCGAAUACAGCCAGUAUCCGAUUCUCUAUUUCUGCGAGUAUUGUUUAAAGUACAUGAACAGCAGCUUUGUCGCUGGUCGACACAAGAUGAAAUGCACGGCAAAACAUCCCCCCGGUGACGAAAUAUACAGAGACGGCCAAAUUUCUGUAUUUGAAGUGGAUGGUCGAAAAAAUAAGAUUUAUUGUCAAAAUUUAUGUUUACUCGGCAAAAUGUUUAUCGAUCACAAGACGCUUUAUUACGACGUAGAACCGUUCUUAUUCUACAUCAUGACUGAAGUGGACGAACAAGGGUGCCAUAUUGUAGGUUAUUUUUCAAAGGAAAAACGAUCCAUGAUGAAUUACAAUGUAUCGUGUAUACUGACUCUCCCUAUACAUCAACGAAAAGGCUAUGGACAAUAUUUAAUUGAUUUCAGCUACCUAUUGACCAAAAAGGAGGAAGGCAACGGAUCUCCUGAAAAGCCACUUUCAAAUCUUGGCUUAUUAAGCUACCGCAAGUAUUGGAAGGACGCGCUUUUCCGACAACUACAAAACCAGGAAGAGGCUAUUAGUAUUGAAGAAUUGAGCUUUCGAACGGGGAUGACAGCAGACGAUGUGACAUCAACUCUACAACUGACGGGCAUAUUGAAGGAGGAUCCAAAGCUGGAAGGAGAAGGUUAUAUGAUGGCAGUAGAUCAGGAAACAAUUGACAAGCAUAUCAACAAAGUGAAGGCACGCGGGUUGCCACAAGUGGAUCCAACAAAAUUGACAUGGACCCCUUAUGUACUUUCUCGUGAACGGUUAGUCGCCUUAACCAGUGCUACAACGACUCCUACCACUGCUACCCAUCCUGCCGUUGCUAUCAAUACCUCUGACAAAGAUAAUAAAUAAAUAAGUAUGCCGCAAAAAGGAUACCAUCAUUUCAUUGCAUUAUAAACGACAACAACAAAUUGCUUUUUCAAACGC